UGUACCGAAGGAUGUACAACUUCAACAGUACAUGGUCAGCGUUGUGAUGAACCUUGUCCAAGUGGGUGUUUAAAUGGCACAUGUGAUCAAGAAUCUGGAAAAUGUACCAAGGGAUGUACAACUCCAACAGAAUAUGGUCAGCGUUGUGAUGAACCUUGUCCAAGCGGGUGUUUCAAUGGCACAUGUGAUCAAGAAUCUGGAAACUGUACCGAGGGAUGUAAAACUUCAUCAGUAUAUGGUCAGCGUUGUGAUGAACCUUGUCCAAGUGGGUGUUUCAAUGGCACAUGUGAUCAAGAAUCUGGAAACUGUACCGAGGGAUGUAAAACUUCAACAGUAUAUGGUCAGCGUUGUGAUGAACCUUGUCCAAGUGGGUGUUUCAAUGGCACAUGUGAUCAAGAUUCUGGAAACUGUACAGAUGGGUGCAUAACAACAGCGGUGUAUGGUCAGCAUUGUGAUGAACAUGCACCUUGCCCAAGCGGGUGUAAUAAUGCCGCAGGCUUGAAAGUAGUCCUACAUUUUCCUACUUUUUCCUACUUUCCCCUACUUUUUCUACUUUUUGAAAUACUCCUACUUUUUUAGACAAUAUUCCUACAAUAACUUCUUUUUGAAUAAAAUUGAAACUGAAAAGUGUCUUUAUCAACAUGUUUAAGUCUUUUUCUGGGAAGGGAUUCAUCUAAUGUUGUAAGAACUUGUUGCCCAACCCAUUUGCAUUUUGAUAUAUACUCAUUAUUUGUAUAAUAUGUUUUUAAACAUGUGUUUAAUGCAAUAAUUGUUUUUUAAACUAAAGUAUUUUGCAAAAUGAAAUAUGCUUCAUAAUAUAAAGACUUAUAGCAUAUACUGUUAUACUAUUGUUAAGGUUCUUUAAGAAUCCUUGAACAUACUCCUUUUGACCUCAUAGGCAAGCUGUAACCUUUCUUAAUUUGUGUGAACUGCUGAAUGUUCUUGCCUUGGAGGCAAAAACAUUUUGAACUUGUAUUACCUAUUAUGUGAAUGAUGUGCGCCGUAGAAAUUCCAUAUGCCCAACCGAUGUGCACACUGAGGUGGACUUAUGCACCUAUCAAUAGGUCUAGUAGGGAUACAAGGAUUAGUAUACCUUUAUUUUAAAUAUUUGAAAUUUCUUAUGAAAUGUCAUGUCUUUGUACAGAAUUUACUUUUUUCAAUAAGAAAUAACGACACGCGUGUAGGAUUUUAGAUUUUCUUUCUGCUAAAAGUUUUUGAUUAUCCAUGUUUGUAUUGAUAGGUGCAUAAUGAGUGAAGAGAAACACUUAUAUACUUAAACCUCAGUUAUGAGUAAAAGUAAUUCUUCUCAUUCAGAAAAACACUGAUUACCACAAUUGAAAAGAUAUUUUGUAAAAUGACCAUAAUAGCAUUUAUAGAAAUGUUUAAUUUACUGUGUCUUUUAAAGAUCCUGAAACUCAAUUUUUUAUGGUUUUAUAGCAUAAAUAUAAUGCUCAAAUGAAGAUUUAUCAAUAUUGUAAGUUCAAAAAAACAUUAUUUGUAAAGAUAUUACCGAAUUUACAUUUUAUGUUAAUAAAGGGAGGUAAUUAGAAAUUUAUUUUCUAUAAUU